CCCUCCGCCAGUAGGACGGCAGGGGCCACUUCAUUCUCGGAAUCGCCGCUUCGGACCAUAUGGAGACCAAGUUCUGCGUCUUGCGCGCAGCUCGAUGUCUUGGACCCGGCCCUAAAAUACUUGAGAACAAAAGACACUAUAGCUUGCCUCUACCUCUGUGGGGACAUAAAACAUGCGACACCUAAGUCAGGGUGUCUCAGUAGGUGCCCACAAACUCAAACAGGGAACUCCCUCGACGUGUUCAGGCUGUUUCUCCGCUGAGCGCACACUCUCUCAGUAUCCGUGAACAUGCCUUCGGGUCUGUCUUCCUCUAAAGCCCUCUACAUCGGGAUGGAGGUGGUGAUUGCCGUGUCGUCGGUCAUCGGUAAUGUGAUGGUGGUCUGGGCUGUGCGUAUUAACCGUUCUCUGAGAGAUACAACGUUUUGUUUCAUCGUCUCGCUGGCCUUGGCUGACAUUGCGGUCGGCGCUCUUGUCAUCCCCCUCGCCAUAACCAUCAGCAUCGGACUCCAGACGCACUUCUACAGCUGCCUGCUGGUCGCCUGCACUGUGCUCGUCCUCACUCAAAGUUCAAUCCUGGCGCUCCUGGCAAUCGCCAUCGACCGCUAUCUGAGAGUGAAAAUACCCAUGAGCUACAAGCGGGUGGUGACUCCUCGGCGAGCUGGCACGGCCGUGUUAUUGUGUUGGCUGGUGUCCAUCAUCGUGGGCCUCACGCCCAUGUUGGGCUGGAAUAACCUUCAGUUUCUCCGUGACAAUGGUUCCCUGGUCACUGAUGACCUCUUGGUUACCUGUGCGUUUGAGACAGUCAUCAGCAUGGACUACAUGGUCUACUUCAACUUCUUUGGCUGGGUGCUACCCCCUCUGCUCCUCAUGCUUGCCAUCUAUGUUGAAAUUUUCUACAUGAUCCACAAGCAGCUCAACAAGAAGGUGACAGCUAGCCACACAGACCCCAGCCGUUACUUUGGCAAAGAGCUCAAGCUAGCCAAGUCGCUUGCCCUUGUUCUUUUCCUUUUUGCAGUCAGCUGGCUCCCUCUUCACAUCCUGAACUGCAUCACCCUCUUUUGCCCUGCCUGUGAAAAGCCGAUGUUCCUCGUUUACAUUGCCAUCAUCCUUACCCACGGCAACUCGGCCGUCAACCCCAUUGUGUAUGCUUUCCGUAUUAAGAAAUUCCGCACAGCGUUCCGUAAAAUCUGGAAACAGUACAUGCUUUGUCAGGAUCCAGUCGGUCGCCUUCCUCAAAGAGGGAGCCAGAGAGGACAAAGUCAUGAGAGAAGGCUAAGGCAGAAUGAUGAUGAUGAUGAUGAUGUGUGACUUUUGGCAACUAAUUGGAUUGCUGUGUAACUGUUAAGUUUCACUCCACUGGUUCAAGGAAUGGACAAGACUCUGGCUGUAUUUUCAUGCUUGAGGGAUUACUGGUCAGAACGGCGUUAAUGGCAUUGAAGCAUGUCAGAGGGAUGAAAGAGAUCAGGGAACUCGAUCCUAGACCGUCCAGCACACUCUAAGGACAGCAAGAUGACCAAUCAGCAUGGAGACAUUAUAAAUCAGACUUUGAUUUAAAUAAGACUGAUUGUUUAUUUCUCCAAUGGCUGACAAAAUGAAGAGGAUGUCACACGAGAUAAGAGGCUUUUAACACCAACUUGUUCAACUUGAAUAACUAAGUGUGUAUCUGUAGCAUAUGCGGAACAAGAGUAGUGUAUGCUGUAUUGAAUUUUUGACUUUUAAAACUCAUGGCCUUAAGGAUAGGGCAUGUAAUGGUAGGAACUAAGUGCAUUGUGUUAAUAGUGUGGUGGUUUGUGCAAUGAGCUGGGUACUCUGAGAUGGACACAGGAUGGACUGUAUGCUGGCUUCAUGGAUCAAAAAAUAUCCAUUUGAUCCAUUUGGAAUUACAACACAGGAUCUUCAGUGCGAUGUGGUCUGACUGUGCUAAUGUCAGUUGCACAGUAACCCAUUAAGCUGAUGACCUUUACAGAUGUGUGGUGCUAUCCAGUGCAUAUGAAGGUUAUGUUUUUUAAUAUUGUUAUUGAGACCGAUUGACUGACAGAUACUUGCUAGUAGCUAUAGCAGCUGAAAACAGCAGCCAUGCUAAAAGAAAAAAAUACUUAAUGCUCCUCUUGAAAUAUUUGUGGACAUGGAAAAUGGUCAAAAACUGUCGAGCUACCUAUUUGUAACUACUGUGUGUAUAUAACUGUAGCUACAGCACUAGGAAUCUAAGGAAUGUUGGAGCUCCUCCGUCCAAUAAGCUUCAUGAGAUCUGGGUAAUAAUCAUUUUAACCCUGUAAUGUACCUCUACUGUACAUGUACAUUUUACUACCAACAGGUGUUUUCACCAUUUUACAUGUCCCCCCGAUUCUUUGUGCCGAAGUAGGUAUUCGAAUGUAGCAUCAUCACAUCCUGUCAUUUCCGUUACGGGGUAACAAAGUGUUGCCCUUUAAAAAUGAGUUUACAUGUUGAGAUGGUACUGCUGACAAUUGUAUGUACUGUAUGUAACUAGAAGAUACUAUACAAAAUUCACCUCACUAAGCCCACACCUGCUUAUCUCUGACACGUCCUCUUACAGCUGUUGAUUGAGUAGGCAAAUUGGAAAUACCAUCCUUCAAGCAUCUCAUUAGAUUUUUUUUUUUUUCUAUGACAAAUGGAGACCAGAAGGUAAGCAACAAAUAUACCAGCAUAUGGUGAAUCCAGAUUUAAAUACCUAAUGAUGUGCGUCAAUUAGCAAGUGGAAGCAUCAAAACCCACUGUGCUUUAUGACAGAAAUAGCGUCUCACUAUCUCCCCAUACUUCUUUGUGUCAAGGCUAAAGCCAUCAGUGGUGAGGGGCAAUUUGUUUGAGCGCACAUUGAUCUUCUGUCACUUGGCAAAGAGAGCUGCUCAUGUGUAAAUAAUUGAGGUGCUUAUGAGAAGUCCAGGGGUGAGGUAGGACAGGGUGGAAGGAUUAUUCCGUUUACAAGGGAACCAGAAGGCGAGAGUGCAGCUGAGGAAGUCAUCAAGACUCUGUGAAGGUCAACAGCGAGGCGACCAUGUUGCUUUCCCAUCAAAUAAACAGGCCUGUUAAUGUGACACUGCUGAUCUCUCUUAGCUUCUGUGGCAUUGUGUGUUACAACAUGUACAGUAAUACACACACACACUAGUGUACUCACUAUUUCCAUUGCUGCUCUUGUAGUAAUGUUUCCGUGUGAUUCUUUUCUCGCUUUGUGAUCCUGUGAAAUUCUUUUAAAGCCACUAUGUGCAGAAUUUGAUAUAUACUGUAUAGCCUACAAGUCAUGUACAAAAUAUAGCAUAUUUCCAAUUAUUUUUCUUUGUAGAAAAAUGAGAAAGUUGGUGCAAAGUUUGUUUAUUGCUUUCUGCCCACUCAUUUUGUCCUCGGGUUAGACCAAUUUAUACGUGGGUGAUUGGGCUGAACAUGUCUAACAGUGUUUCACUGAACUUUGACUGAACCAGUGUGAUAAAUUAAACAUGAAAAUAUAAUCUAUAGUUUAGAUAAUGUACAUGUAGACAUUGUUCAAAAAUCAAGUGCUGUAGGUUCAGAGCAGUACGUUCUAAUGUGGUGAAUAUAUAAAUAAGUAUAUGAAUUGAGUCACAAACCGAAAAGAAGAUUGUUAAUCUUGGCUGAAUGUAAACAUUUCAAUGCAGUAUAUGUUGACUGAUGUACUGUUGGAAAAUACACUCAAAAACUAGUGAAAGAUAAUAAAGUUACUUUUAGGG